UUUAUUUGUUGGGAUCAUAGUCAUCGUUUGUACAAAGAUUCCCUCUACUCUAUUCUUUAUAUAGGAGGAGCUUUUCACUCUCACGCAUGAUCACGGUCUUCUUCAGUUCAUCAUAUCAUAAUUACAUGCACGAGAUUUAAUUUCUACUCUUUUUCAUCUUCUUAGAGUUUCAGGAAAAGACAAUCUUACCAUGGCUUCCACUUUUGGGGGUGUCAGUGGUUCAGACACAGAGAAGGAGGACCAAGAAUGCCCCGUGAAACAAGUAGAACUCACCGUGCCAAAAACCGAUGACCCCACCAUGCAUAUUCUCACGUUCAGAAUGUGGGUUCUUGGCAUUGUUUCAUGCGUGUUAUUGUCCUUUGUGAACCAGUUCUUUUGGUACAGAACACAGCCUCUGAGUGUGACCUCAGUUUCUGCUCAGAUUGCUGUGGUUCCUAUUGGCCACUUCAUGGCAAGGACUUUGCCGACACGUGUGUUCUUCAAGGACACAAGGUUUGAGUUCUCACUCAAUAGAGGACCCUUCAAUAUCAAAGAACAUGUUCUCAUAACCAUCUUUGCCAAUUCCGGUGCUGGAACUGUGUAUGCUACUCAUAUUCUGAGUGCAGUGAAGCUUAUAUAUAAAAGAAAGCUUGAUUUCCUCCCUGCCUUACUAGUCAUGUUAACUACUCAGGUGCUGGGGUUUGGUUGGGCAGGACUGUUCCGGAAAUUUUUGGUUGAGCCAGGGGAAAUGUGGUGGCCUUCUAAUCUGGUUCAGGUCUCAUUAUUCAGUGCUCUACAUGAGAAAGGAAAAAGGCCUAAAGGAGGCACAACACGUACUCAAUUUUUCCUCCUUGUCUUGAUCUCUGGCUUGGCUUACUAUGUGUUUCCUGGCUAUCUAUUUUCAAUGUUGACAUCAUUCUCUUGGAUGUGUUGGGUUGCUCCCAAGUCUGUCCUAGUGCAACAGCUUGGUUCUGGCUUGAGGGGUCUUGGAAUUGCAGCAUUUGGAAUUGAUUGGUCUACAAUUUCUGCUUACCUUGGAAGUCCACUAGCUAGCCCAUGGUUUGCAACUGCUAAUGUUGCUGUUGGCUUUGUUUUUGUUAUGUAUGUGAUGACACCAAUUGCUUACUGGCUAAACGCCUAUGAUGCCAAGACUUAUCCAAUAUUUUCAAGUAAGCUGUUCAUGGGAAACGGUUCAGUGUAUGACAUUUUAACCAUUGUCAACUCGGAUUUCCAUCUUGAUCGGCAAGCUUAUGCAACCAAUGGAUCUGUGCAUCUCAGCACCUUCUUUGCAAUGACAUAUGGCCUUGGAUUCGCAGCACUCUCUGCUACAGUUGUGCAUGUUCUGCUCUUUCAUGGAAGGGAAAUAUGGAUUCAAAGUAAAAGGGCAUUUGCAGACAGUAAAAAAAUUGACAUACACACAAGACUCAUGAGAAGGUACAAAUCAGUCCCCAUGUGGUGGUUUCACAUCAUUCUAGUAGUGAACAUAGCUGUUAUUAUAUUCAUUUGUGAGCACUACAAGGAAUCACUCCAGUUGCCUUGGUGGGGUGUAUUGCUAGCUUGUGCAAUAUAUGUUUUAUCACCUCUUAAGAUUGGUGUAAUAAAAGCUACUACAAAUCAGCAACCUGGUUUAAACAUCAUCACAGAAUACAUAAUUGGUUACAUGUAUCCAGAGCGCCCUGUGGCUAACAUGUGCUUCAAGGUGUAUGGCUACAUCAGCAUGACUCAAGCACUAACCUUUUUACAAGACUUCAAACUUGGACACUACAUGAAGAUUCCACCAAGAACAAUGUUCAUGGCACAGGUGGUAGGAACAGUGUUAUCAGUAUUUGUGUACACAAUAACAGCAUGGUGGUUGAUGAGAACGAUCCCUAACCUUUGUGAUACCUCGAUUCUGCCUCCUGAUAGCCCUUGGACUUGCCCAAUGGACAAUGUGUUCUUUGAUGCAUCAGUUAUAUGGGGUCUUCUUGGACCACGCAGGAUCUUUGGAGACCUAGGUGAAUAUUCCAAAAUGAAUUGGUUCUUCCUUGGUGGAGUUAUUGCUCCCUUACUAGUUUGGCUUGCUCACAAGGCAUUUCCGGGACAAAAGUGGAUAACUCUGAUUCACAUGCCUGUUUUGUUGGGUGCUACAUCAAUGAUGCCACCAGCAACCGCGGUGAACUUCACUAGUUGGAUACUAGUGGCCUUUCUCUCAGGGUUUGUUGUAUAUAGAUAUAGGCAAGAGUGGUGGAAGCGUUACAAUUAUGUAAUGUCUGGUGGUCUUGAUGCUGGAACUGCCUUUAUGACAAUCUUGCUGUUUCUUGCUUUGAACAAUAACAACGUUAUGCUUAACUGGUGGGGAAAUAAUCCUGAAGGCUGCCCCUUGGCUUCUUGUCCUAUUGCUAAAGGGGUUGUAAUUGAUGGUUGCCCGGUUUACUGAUCAUUCUAGGAUGAGAUUACAGUAUCUAAGAUCCUCUCUCAUUGGACUUAGUGGAUUACUUGUACACAUCACUCAUUUAUACUUUUUUUAAUACUUGAAGUAUCCGAUUCCUCCAACUCAACACUACCAAGAAGAAAAUUACUAAACUAGGUCCACAAAUAACUUUACAUCUUA